AAGAAACAAAUAAAGCAUGGCAAAGUUGGCUUUAACCCUGGCGUUCUUGCUGUCACUAACCCUUUCAAUCCAUUCAGCAUUGGGUGCGUUUGAACCAGCUGAACUCUUACGCGAUCAAUUCAAGGACGCCGCGACAGUCAUGGAGGGAACAACACAGAGCAUUCAAAACAACGCAGUUGAAAUGAUGGAUAAUGCCAAGGAUUCCUCUGUUUCCUGGACUGACUGGGCAAAAGACAAGCUUGAGAUGCUUGGUUUUUCCUCCGGAAGUCCAUCACCGGCUGCGUCAACGGCAGAGGCACCGGCAAAUGCAGCGGCACCAUCAUCAUAUACAUUCUCAGAAUCUACUGGAUCAGUUGGAGCCGGACCCGCAGGGGCACCUCAGGCAUAUUAGAGUCUGUUCCAGUCACCUAUAUACAUAUACAUAGCCAUAUGAAGAUUUCAGUGGUGGGAUUUCAGACUGCUCUGUACAUCAACAAAGAAGAGUGUUCAUUAUCACCCACUUCUCCAUUUUCAUUAGGGAAGCUGGUUGUAUACCAAUUUUGGCUUUCCAAUCAACCUUCUAUGGAUAUAGAAUUAGUUUGAAUAAAUAAUAUUUCAAAGCCACAAUUCGUGAGAGAAGGAAUUGUUAUAUCCAUGUAAAGCAGUUAUGUGGGAUAAAAUCUACGUACAUUAUUCUAUUAGAUGUUGCACUAA